GCAGUUAAGGUUUGAUCCUGCUGUAGAAGGACUUGUAGAGAGUCACACACCGGCUGUCAUAAAGGAGUGGGCUGGGUGUCCAGUGUGGUGGGAGCUCCCCUGCUCAGAAGGCUGCCUUUCGUCUGAUUCCAGGGUCCCGUGAGGCUAGGCUGUGGAUGCUGAGCAGCCCUGCACAGAGUACAGACCUGCCACCGUUCCAGCACCUCCUCCUCUGCUCUGCAUAUCAGCCAGUACCCUGCUGGGCCAGCAAUCAUGCCGGACACACCAGUGGAGGACUCCCUCUUCCAGAUCAUCCACUGCUUCCACCACUAUGCCGCCCGGGAAGGAGACAAGGAGACCCUGUCCCUGGAGGAGUUGAAAGCCCUGCUCCUCGAUAGUGUGCCUCGCUUUAUGGACACCUUGGGCCGCAGGCAGCCACACUACAUCACAGAGCUCUUCCGGGCAGCUGACAAAAACAAGGACAACCAGAUCUGCUUUGAUGAGUUCCUGUACAUCUUGGGCAAGCUGGUGAAGGACUACCAUCUGCAGUUCCGCCAGCAGCUGUGCAUACACUACUGCGCCCAGCACAACCUCUAUUAGAUGAGGGACAGGCAGCCUCUCACCACAGGAGCCCGUCCUGGGAGGCCCGACCUGGCCGUGAGCCGCUUAUAGAACUCAGCAGUGUUUCAUUUUAGCUGUGCACACACAUGUACAAACAAUAUCACAAGUAUUCCUGGGAAGUGCGAAAGGCAUAGUUCUGUGUAUCACUUAAUGUUCAGCUAAAGAACUGUGGAGAAUAUCAUUUUGGGCAGGAGCCUGACUCCUCCCUUCAGUGAGAGAAUAAUGCUGGCCUUGGGUCCAAGGUAAUGCAAUGACACAACCUUGCUAACAGAAAAGUCUUGUCUGAGGUGUGAGACGGCCUGCUGUCUGGUCUCAAUGUGUAAGGAAGUGUCUCUUCUCUGGGCCAGGGCAGCCUCUGAGAAGGAAGUAAGGCCCAGUGAUGUUACUUAUCAAUCACUCACUGCCCAUGCAGGAUAGGAGGAGGGGAGCCACAUGGGUAAUGGCAUGCAGAAGGAGUCAUUUUGUGAGUUUGUAUGCAGAGGGGAUUGGGAGGACAGGAGAUGACCAGGUCCAGAAAGGGGAGGAGGGGGAGGAGAAGAAGAGGAUGAGG